CAAAACACCCCCAUCCGCGUGAAUUUAAUGCGCACCUUACCGACUACCUAUCCCCCCAAAACAAAAAAAGAAUUAAGUAAUUUCUGCAUUAUUGCCUCUCAUGCUGGCUUGCAUGUUGUCGAUCUCCAAUGUCGUUUUACUUAAAAUUCUUUCUAUAAAUGGAGCACCUUUCUUGCUCCUAAAUUUCAUCAGCCACUCACAAAGUUUCUUCUCAUGCAAACAUAUCCUUAAUCAUCACUCUUCCACCACCAUAAUAACACAACUCAAGUCUUCUAUUCAUUUCAUCUUCUUUUGACAAUUUCAGCAAAAUUCUUAGGCCUGUACUAUAUAUACCUCAAACAUUCUCCUUGAAGAUUUGAAGUCAAAAUGGGUUUAAUGAGGACAAAACUUCAGAGAUUCAUGUUGUGGGUUGUGGCGGUGGCGAUGGUGAUGUUGAGUCUCGAGAAUGUGGUGGUGGGAGAUCCCCAAGUUCCGUGUUACUUCAUUUUUGGCGAUUCUCUGGUCGACAAUGGCAACAAUAACAACAUCAAUUCCCUUGCAAAAGCUAAUUACUUGCCUUACGGAAUUGAUUACCCCGGCGGACCAAGUGGCAGGUUUUCUAAUGGCAAAACCACUGUUGAUGUUGUUGCUGAGCUGUUGGGCUUCGAUGAUCCAAUCCCACCUUAUGCAGAAGCCAGAGGCGAAGCCAUACUCGGGGGAAUCAAUUUCGCAUCCGCAGCCGCCGGAAUUAGAGAUGAAACUGGCCAACAAUUAGGUGGAAGGAUCAGUUUUGCAAACCAAGUAAAUAAUUACAAGAACACAGUGUCACAAAUUGUAAGGAUACUAGGAGAUGAAGAUUCUGCUGCCAAUUACCUAAGCAAGUGUAUAUUUUCAGUUGGUGUUGGGAGCAAUGACUACCUCAACAACUACUUCAUGCCUCUUUACUACUCCAGCAGUAGUCAGUUUACACCAGAACAAUAUGCUCAAGCUCUCAUUGACGAUUAUUCCCGACAACUUAGUACGCUGUAUGAUUUUGGGGCGAGAAAGUUCGUAUUGAUUGGUGUGGGCCAAAUUGGGUGCAGUCCAAAUGCAUUGGCCCAAAAUAGCGCCGAUGGCAAAACCUGUGUGACCCGGAUCAAUUCCGCUAAUCAGAUAUUCAACCGCAAACUCAAGGGCUUAGUUGAUCAAUUCAACAACUUGAAUUCCGAUGCGAAGUUUAUUUACAUUGAUGCUUAUGGCAUUUUCCAGGAUCUAAUCAACAACCCUUCAGCUUUCGGUAAUCAUCUCGAUAAAACCUUCACAUAUUUCCCUUUUGUUCACAUGUCUAUAUAAUUUGUUCUUUUCGUCCCAAAAUGAAAACCUGAUUGCUUAAAAAUCAUGGGAUCUUUGGUGCUUGCAGGAUUUAGGGUCACAAAUGCAGGGUGUUGCGGGGUAGGAAGGAAUAAUGGGCAGAUAACAUGCCUGCCAUUCCAAAACCCUUGCCAAAAUAGAGAUGAGUAUCUAUUUUGGGAUGCUUUCCAUCCGAGUGAAGCAGCAAAUAUCAUCGUUGGAAGAAGAUCUUACCGUGCUGAAAAAUCAACAGACGCAUACCCGAUUGAUAUUCAGCGGUUGGCUCAACUUUGAAGAUUUUGAUGAUUGAUGAUUGUAUCAUGCACCCGUAAAGAGAGACUGGUGAUCAUGUCUUCAAUUUUUUGUUUUAUCAAAAAUUUUAAGAAUAUAUACUACUCAUAUGUUAUAAAUUAGUCAAUUGUUGAUUAGAUAGUGGACGAUGGGCAUCAAUGUUUUUAAUAAUAAUAAUUCUUUUUCCUCAGCAGCCUAUUCUUAGAUAGUGGACGAUUGUCUCUCUCUUCC